GGCGGGCACAGGGAGGUCCGCGGGGAGGAUGGAGCAGUGAGCGGGUCUGGGCGGCUGCCGGCAGCGCCAUGGAGACGGUACAGCUGAGGAACCCGCCGCGCCGGCAGCUGAAAAAAUUGGAUGAAGAUAGUUUAACCAAACAACCAGAAGAAGUGUUUGAUGUUUUAGAGAAACUUGGAGAAGGGUCUUAUGGCAGCGUUUACAAAGCUAUUCAUAAAGAGACUGGUCAGAUUGUUGCUAUUAAGCAAGUUCCUGUGGAAUCAGACCUGCAGGAGAUAAUCAAAGAAAUCUCUAUAAUGCAGCAAUGUGACAGUCAUCAUGUAGUCAAAUAUUAUGGCAGUUACUUUAAGAACACAGACUUAUGGAUCGUUAUGGAGUACUGUGGGGCUGGUUCUGUAUCUGAUAUCAUUCGAUUACGAAAUAAAACGUUAACAGAAGAUGAAAUAGCUACAAUAUUACAAUCAACUCUUAAGGGACUUGAGUACCUUCAUUUUAUGAGAAAAAUACACCGAGAUAUCAAGGCAGGAAAUAUUUUGCUAAAUACAGAAGGACAUGCAAAACUUGCAGAUUUUGGGGUAGCAGGUCAACUUACAGAUACGAUGGCCAAGCGGAAUACAGUGAUAGGAACACCAUUUUGGAUGGCUCCAGAAGUGAUUCAGGAAAUUGGAUACAACUGUGUAGCAGACAUCUGGUCCCUGGGAAUAACUGCCAUAGAAAUGGCUGAAGGAAAGCCCCCUUAUGCCGAUAUCCAUCCAAUGAGGGCAAUCUUCAUGAUUCCUACAAAUCCUCCUCCCACAUUCCGAAAACCAGAGCUGUGGUCAGAUAACUUUACAGAUUUUGUGAAACAGUGUCUUGUAAAGAGCCCUGAGCAGAGAGCCACAGCCACUCAGCUCCUGCAGCACCCAUUUGUCAAGAGUGCCAAAGGAGUGUCAAUACUGCGAGACUUAAUUAAUGAAGCCAUGGAUGUGAAACUGAAACGCCAGGAAUCCCAGCAGCGGGAAGUGGACCAGGACGAUGAAGAAAACUCAGAAGAAGAUGAGAUGGAUUCUGGCACGAUGGUUCGAGCAGUGGGUGAUGAGAUGGGCACUGUCCGAGUAGCCAGCACCAUGACUGAUGGAGCCAAUACUAUGAUUGAGCACGAUGACACAUUGCCGUCACAGCUGGGCACCAUGGUGAUCAAUGCAGAGGAUGAGGAAGAGGAAGGGACUAUGAAGAGAAGGGAUGAGACAAUGCAGCCUGCCAAACCAUCUUUUCUUGAAUAUUUUGAACAAAAAGAAAAGGAAAACCAGAUCAACAGCUUUGGCAAGAGUGUACCUGGUCCACUGCAAAAUUCUUCAGAUUGGAAAGUACCACAGGAUGGAGACUAUGAGUUUCUUAAGAGUUGGACAGUGGAGGACCUUCAGAAGAGGCUCUUGGCCCUGGACCCCAUGAUGGAGCAGGAGAUUGAAGAGAUCCGGCAGAAGUACCAGUCCAAGCGGCAGCCCAUCCUGGAUGCCAUUGAGGCUAAGAAGAGGCGGCAGCAAAACUUCUGAGCAAGGCCAGGCUGUGAGGGCCCCGCUCCACCCAGGCUGUGGUGAAUUCUGGAUGGCUUGCCUCACAUUUGUUAGCCAGCACUUCUGCUCUGUCAUUUCUCCACAGCACCUUUGUGAACUCAGGAAUGUGCGCCAGUGGGAAGGGCUCUCUUGACAGUCAGUGUGCCAUCUUGAUGUGUGUAUGUACAUUGGUCAGGUAUAUUAUUUCAAAGGAUUUAUAUUGGCGCUUUCAACUCAGAGUUUUAAACCCCAGGAACAGAGACUCCUCGUUGAGUGAUAGCUGGGAAAGUUUUACAUUGUCUUUUUGUUUUUCUUCUCCCAAUAGCUUUCAAUCGUUCUUUCUGGAAGACUUUUAAAAAAAUAUAUAAAUAUGCAUAUAUAUAUAUAUAAAUUAUAAAUAGAUUCCCCAC